CCCUGCAGACAAUAUGGGAAAGCGGUUUUCUGCACAAUUUUUCUUUAUCCUGAUUUUAAGCUUAAAUCCAGUUUCGAGCUCCCACCAGUUGACGCUUCGUAUGUCAGGCCAGCCACUGAUGAGCGAAACCGGACCGGUAAAGCUCGAAUGCCAGUCUAAUAAACAUGGCUUCAUGGACUUUGGCGUGUUCUGGUUCCGACAAAGAAAAGCCACAAAAUCUCCGGAGUCAAUAUUGUUUCUGUCCCCCACCUCUAAAUCAACGUACAGCGACACAAGUGACUACCGGCAUUUUAAAGCAAGCAAAGGAACCACCACGUUUUCCUUAGAGAUUGAUCCGUUUGGAGAGAAGGACCAGGGGAUUUAUUAUUGCAUGAUUAACAAGAACUCCAUCCUAUACAUCAGUCCCGGGAUCUCCCUGUACUAUCCUGCAGUUACAACCCCGGAGCCGACAACCACAACAGUGUCACGUACCAGAGAUCCAGAACUAGGAGACCCCAAGGACUGUUCUCCCACCGCAUCAAGCAGCGAAAAUGGAUUUCUGGGCAUCCCGUGUGACGUUUUUAUCUGGGGUCCUCUGAUGGGUUUAUGUUGUGGUCUUCUGCUCGCUUUAACAAUAACAGCUAUAUUACUUUGUAAAGGAACAAGAAGGAGGCACUGUCGCUGUAAGCAUGUGCCCCUCAAGGAGAAGCCAGCCGCCCAAACCCAACGUCCUUGCAGAUUGGCUUAACGGAAAUACUUUUUUGAUGUUCAUUGAAGAUCACUGAUUCCGCAACACACAUAUAUAUAUAAAUACAUAUAUAUGUAUA